CUCUCUUAUUCUUGAUUCAAAGCAAGGUCAAAAUGGCAACUCUGACCCCCAUCAACACAGACAAGGCCCCGGCCGCCAUCGGUCCCUACUCGCAGGCCAUGGCCGUCAACGGCAUGCUCUUCGUCUCGGGCCAGAUUCCCGUGAACCCAGCCACUCAGGAACUUCAGCUCGGUCCUGUGAAGGAGCAAGCCGCAUUGGUCUUGGACAACCUGCGCGCCGUGCUUGAAGCCGGUGGCUCGGACAUGAAUCACGUGGUCAAGACCACCGUCUUUCUCAAGGACAUGAACGACUUUGCUGCCGUCAACGAGGUGUACGCCGAGAAAUUUGGUGAUGCCCGCCCUGCCCGUGCUGCGGUCCAAGUCUCCCGCCUGCCCAAGGAUGUGUCAGUGGAGAUUGAGUGUGUGGCCGUCGUUUCGAAGCUCUAAGCCCGCGUCCAAACCAACGCGUCAGUGACCACAACCAAGUCGGCUUUCCAGUGUUGUUUGCCGAUUGGCCGCAAAAAAAAAAAAAAAUAAUAAAAAUUAACUGUUCCGCGUAUCAU